AUGUAUGAAUAUCAGGAAUCAGUACAAGAGAUGUUCCAAAUCGACUCAUGGCGUUGUAUGGUUGAGAAUAAUGCUGUUGUAUCAGAAAUGACACGACCUCUUGUACCGUGUACCUUUUGUAGCACUCUAAAUUCUAUAUCUGUAGAAUACGCUAUUUCCUUGAAUGACUUUCGCACAAAAUACGCUUACUCAAGUGUUCCUGUUUUAAUAAAGAACGCAACACAUAACUGGUCUGCUAUGGACAUAUUUAGUUAUCAAUAUCUUAAGGAUUUGUACACUGACACUGAAGGAGCAUUAAAAUCUGUGGAUGAAGAAUGCCAGUUUUUUCAUUACAAUACGGACUUUGAAAAUCUUACAGAAGUUUUUAAUAUGUCAGAUGCACGUGCGAAUUUUGCAGAAGGGGAAAAACCUUGGUAUAUUGGAUGGUAA